AUGCUCUCCGACAAAGUCGGCCGCGUCCCGGUCCUCGCCCUCAGCAUCAUCAGCCUCUUCCUCUCCGAGGCAUGCGACCUCCUCAUAUGCUGGAAAUGGCACCACGUCCCCCUCCGAGCAAUCUGGGGCUCCGGCGCAAUCAUGCUCCUCGGCGGCGGAAGGGGCGUUGCCGAAGCCAUGGUCUUUACCAGCAUCGCGGACGUGAUUCCCGAGUCGAAGCGGGCAACGUGCUUCCAAUGGGUCGUCGCCGCCGUCCUCUCCUCCGAACUCUUCGGCCCCCUCAUCGCAAACCGUCUCACCGAAAUCUCCAUCUGGUGCCCUCUCCUCCUCGAGCUCGGCCUCAUUGCAGCAGGCGGCCUGGUCCUCGUUCUCUUCAUGCCGGAAACCCUCCCAGCACGCAACUCUCCCGUCCUCGUCGGCGAAGACACUCCCAUUAUGAGCAACAGCAGCAACAACAACAACGACAACAACAUCACCACAAACAACAACACCAACAAAACCACAAACACCAUCGACAAUAUCACAGAAACCCCCGAAAAUUCCUCCUCCCAAUCACCCACAAAAUCCGCCCUCGCAACCAUCUUCCGCCGUCCCGCAAUCUACCUCCUGCCCGGCUCCAUCCUCGCCAUGCCAGCCGUAACCUCCCAGUACGGCAUCGUCAUGCGCAUCAUGCCCAUCCAGUUCAACUGGCCCCUCUCCCGCGCCUCCCUCCUCUUCUCCCUAAACGCCGCCGUCACCCUCCUCACCCUGCUCCUCAUCCUCCCCGCGACCUCGUACCUGCUCUACCGCCGCAGCUCAUCGUCCUCAUCCUCCUCCUCCUCGCCUCUCCAGCGCGACAGGAUUCUCGCCCGUGCCAGCGUCGUCCUCUUCGUCCUCGGAUCGCUCUUCCUCGUCGUCGGCGGCAGGGUCAGCCUCGUCAUUCUCGGCGUCGCCGUUUCGGCGCUCGGAUCGGGUGUCCCCACGCUGUGCCGUACUCUGCUCAUCGCUUCUGUCGGGGAACAGAGAACGGGCUCCGUCUUUGGCGUCAUUGCCGCUGGUGAGGUUCUGGGGAUGCUGGCUUGUGAGCUGAUUAUCGGCCCCCUCUUUGAUAUUGGCCUGAGGACGUGGCUGGGCUUGCCCUUCUGCCUCGGCAUGGUCAUCUCUACAACGACGUGUGUGUUGACGUGGCUGGUCCGUGAUAUCGAUGUAUAA